AUGAAUGACAAUCCGGGUAUCGUGUGCUUCCGUCAUUGCCCGAGAAAAAAUGUAUUCUGCAAGCGCGUUCCGAUGAUAUGUCCAGCUUGCUCAUCGCGAAUACAAGACUUCAUCGUAGAUCCAUUUCGUAUCCCGUAUCCGUUCGUGAACGCCACUCAUUAUCCAACCAGCAUCGUCAUUCGACCUUCAUGCGGUAGUUUUCUCGACGAUUACAAUGUAACGGGUGACGAUUUGCAUGUCGGAAUAGUUGAUUCGGACGGAGGCAUCGUUGAAUUCGAUAAAGACGGACUGAUAGCGAAUGACGUCGACAGGUGGACCGAUUGCAUCGCCUUCCAGGUUGUAUCGGUCGCCUGGACCGUUCGAUGGGAUGAAACGCUAUCAUUCAUGUCAAAAGAUGAUAGAUGGAAAUCGAUCAACUACGAUGAUAUCAAUAUGAAUUGCUUUGACUUUGUUUUGGAAUUUCUCAAUAAUCUAGGAUACGAGAAUCUCAAGUUUGCGAGCAAGGUAGAUUUAUGCGAGCGAUUGAUACUAUCGAAAAUUCAAAAUGCAAUCAGAUAUAAUUCAUUAUAUAGGGCCUUGAAGCAUCAGGAGUAUUUGUUAUCGGAUCAUCAUUCUUGA